UUAGGUAGGCAUGAAGCCUCCAUCUCACAGCUGCAUGUGUAGUUACUGGUGAAGCAAUGCCUACCUAAUUUGACAGUCUCGGGUGUGUUUAAAUUUUUUUGAGUUUGCAAAUAAGUCUAUUAAAUCAACUGAUGGAGCCUUCGGGCAGUGAACAGUUAUAUGAGGACCCUGAUCCUGGAGGCAAAUCCCAAGAUGGAGAGGCCAGAAAGCAAACAGAAUCAGAACAAAAAUUGUCUAAAAUGACCCACAAUGCUUUGGAGAACAUUAAUGUGAUUGGUCAAGGCUUGAAGCACCUCUUCCAACACCAGCGCAGGAGGUCAUCAGUGUCGCCACAUGAUGUGCAACAAAUUCAGGGAGAUCCAGAACCUGAAGUGGAUCUGGACAGCCAGAACACGUGUGCUGAGAUUGAUGGUGUCUCCACCCACCCCACAGCUCUGAAUCGAGUUCUGCAACAGAUCCGAGUGCCACCCAAGAUGAAGAGAGGCACAAGCUUGCAUAGUAGGCGGGGCAAGCCAGAGGCCCCAAAGGGAAGUCCUCAAAUCAACAGAAAAUCUGGUCAGGAGAUGGCAGCUGUCAUGCAGUCUGGACGACCCAGGUCUUCCUCCACUACUGAUGCACCUACGACCUCUGCUAUGAUGGAAAUAGCUUGUGCUGCUGCUGCUGCCGCUGCUGCCUGUCUACCAGGGGAGGAGGCAACUGCAGAGCGAAUCGAGCGAUUGGAAGUAAGCAACCUUGCCCAGACCUCCAGUGCAGUGGCCUCCAGCACUGAUGGCAGCAUCCACACAGAUACGGUGGAUGGAACACCAGACCCUCAGCGCACAAAGGCUGCAAUUGCCCACCUGCAGCAGAAGAUUUUAAAACUCACAGAACAGAUCAAGAUUGCACAAACUGCCCGGGACGACAACGUUGCUGAGUAUCUAAAGCUUGCCAACAGUGCAGACAAACAGCAGGCUGCCCGUAUCAAGCAGGUCUUUGAAAAGAAGAAUCAAAAGUCUGCCCAAACCAUCCAACAGCUACAGAAGAAGCUUGAGCAUUACCACAGGAAGCUUCGAGAGGUUGAGCAGAAUGGGAUCCCCCGGCAGCCAAAAGAUGUCUUCAGGGACAUGCACCAGGGUCUAAAGGAUGUGGGAGCUAAAGUUACUGGCUUCAGUGAAGGUGUGGUGGACAGUGUUAAAGGUGGACUUUCCAGCUUCUCCCAGGCAACCCAUUCAGCAGCCGGGGCUGUGGUCUCAAAGCCCAGAGAGAUUGCCUCACUGAUUCGGAAUAAAUUUGGCAGUGCAGACAACAUCCCUAACCUGAAGGAUUCUUUAGAGGAAGGGCAAGUGGAUGAUGGAGGGAAGACUUUGGGAGUGAUUCCAAAUUUUCAGUCGAGCCCAAAAUAUGGUAGUGAGGAAGAUUGUUCUAGUGCCACUUCGGGCUCAGUGGGUGCCAAUAGCACUACUGGAGGAAUUGCUGUAGGGGGAGCAUCCAGCUCCAAAACCAACACCCUGGACAUGCAGAGCUCAGGAUUCGACGCACUUCUCCAUGAGAUCCAAGAGAUCCGGGAAACCCAGGCCAGAUUAGAGGAAUCCUUUGAGACACUCAAGGAACAUUAUCAGAGGGACUAUUCAUUAAUAAUGCAGGCCUUACAGGAGGAACGAUAUAGAUGUGAACGACUAGAAGAACAACUCAAUGACCUAACAGAGCUCCACCAGAAUGAAAUCUUGAACUUAAAGCAGGAAUUGGCCAGCAUGGAAGAAAAGAUUGCAUAUCAAUCUUAUGAACGAGCUCGGGACAUUCAGGAGGCCCUGGAGGCAUGCCAGACCCGGAUCUCCAAGAUGGAGCUACAGCAGCAGCAGCAGCAAGUGGUCCAACUGGAAGGGUUGGAGAAUGCCACUGCCCGGAACCUUCUGGGCAAACUUAUUAACAUCCUCCUGGCAGUCAUGGCAGUCCUUUUGGUCUUUGUCUCCACGGUAGCCAACUGCGUGGUUCCUCUCAUGAAAACUCGCAACAGGACGUUCAGCACUUUAUUCCUUGUGGUUUUCAUUGCCUUUCUCUGGAAGCACUGGGACGCCCUCUUCAGCUACGUGGAACGCUUCUUCUCUUCCCCCAGAUGAUGCUGGCACCAGAGGCAGUGCUCCUCCACCCACCGGCGAGUGCAUGCAGCGAAGAAUUAGACAGCAACUUACCUACUCUGGCGUUUUCUACAACAAGAGUUUGAGUGAAUCUGUUUACAUUUAGAAUAAUGUUUUUUUCUUCAAGAAAUGCAAUUGCAAUAGUAUUUUUUAGAUUUUAUCCAAGAUGUUUUUUGGGCAAAAUCUUGGGUCAUUUUUAUGUAGCAUGAUUUCCUUGGGAUGCAACUCUUAAACAGUCCUUUAACAUAAACCAACCAUCUGGAGCACACCGAAGGGCAUUCUAAACUGUGGCUUGGAAGGACUGCACUAAAACCCACUAAAAACACGUGAAAACCUGAUUAGGGAACCUAGUUAACCCUGACACCCUGCCGUCUGGGCUCACCACCGCCCCCUCCCAGACUAACUUUACUGUGAAAUCCUGCCACAUUCCAGGUCUGAGUUUUGGAUUCAGGGUGGAUUUUCCUUGUCUGUGGAAGAAUACAUGGAGCUCCCUGACUCUCUCACCCAAGUUGGCCGUCCGUGCUGACCAUGGAAGUAUGACCACUUUUGAACCUAGGCCCUUAAACUGUGCUAGGAGGCAAAAGUGAGCUUUGUGCUCCAAAGGAUUACUGCACAGUCCUACAACAGUAUUCUGAAGUAGCCCUCUAAAUACUUAAUUUUAAUCAAAAUCCCUUGGCCGCACUUUUAAGAUUUUUUAAAAUAUGUGUUUAGACACCAAUUAAAAAAAAAUCCGAACAGCAUACUUGAAGAAUGUAAUACUCAAACUCUCAGUGCUUCCUUAUGGUUUCUAAUAGGAUUUUUUAUUAUUGUUAUUAUUAUUACCAGGUUGUUGUUUUGGUUUUUUUGUUUUUGUGGGUUGUU